GCCUGCUGAGGAGGUUGUGGUGGGGAGCGAGGCCGGCGACAUGGACAACGCGGGGAAGGAGAGGGAGGCGGUGCAGCUGAUGGCCGAGGCCGAGAAGCGAGUCAAGGCCUCUCACUCCUUCCUCCGAGGGCUGUUUGGAGAAACAUCUUUUCUUCUUCUUGACUGUUGAUCACCUGUUUCGUUGAGGAGCAUUGUAGGAAGACUUCAUCCUCAGCAUUCAGCCUCAGUUUGUACGGAAGUCAUUGCAUCUUAGGACUGAUCCGGAUCCAGCAGGUCGGUGUACUGUCCUUGCUCUGGGACCAGGGGCAAUUUCCUUAGCCCCUCUGUACCUCAGUUUCCUGUGCUGUGAGAUGAGUGUAAGAGAAGUGAGUGAAGCUUCCAUGAAUAUAUGCUUGUAAAACGUUUAGUCUUAAAGAUGAGGAUUAUUAAUUAGCAUCUUCAUCAGAAUUAUUAGGCCUGGUUAUUUAUCAAGGAAACAGAGAACCAAAUAGAUCAAGUUGACUUUGCCAGGAUUUCAGAGUCAGAGACUUUUUGGACUGCAUCUUGGGCUUUUAAUGAAGUAAAAUAUCAAUAUUUGAAAGAGCUUUGCACCACGUAAGGGUUAUUUAUACCGUGGAGGACUGUGUUUUUAGUAAUGCUUGUCUCCGGAAAAGCUUGGGGAAGAAGGGUACUCAGAGUUCUUUGAGCUUUAAUAGUGUUACAUAAUUCUUUGAAGCCAACAGCUGGGUCUCGUAUCUCCUGUCAGUGACAAUGGGAAGACAGAUUCUGUGUCAGUUUUAGGUGUUCAGAAUCUUACCUUACGUCGGGCUUCACUUGCACCUGUCUUCACCUUUCUGGGCUGGGAUACAUGUGUUAAUCCUCCCUGCCCUAGCUCCCUUAGCCAGAGAAUUUUCCCCUCUACUUGUUUGCCUUUAUUUAAACCACAGCGCAGUCCAUCUGCAUGUCAGACUCCUUAGUUGACAGCACAGGCACACAUGAGCGUCAUCGGUGUCACUGAACCCACCUGUGUAAGAGCUGAUGGCGCUUUGCUGGGGCAGGUGAUGCUGUUUGGGGCUCUGGUGGUCGUUACAGGCACUCAGCCUACUUUAUUGCAGGUGUUUCAUACCUGGGGCUGCUUCACCCAACUGCAGAUUAAAACCUGUGUAAGAGUGGAUCCCCUUUGCUCAGUGUCGAUCCACACACUGUGCUAGUUUUGUGGCAAUGCCGCCUUCUCACUGCUCCUCUGUGGCUCUUGUUUUUUUGUUGCUUUCAGUAAAAUUAGCCAAAAAUAUGAAGAAGUCAGUCAUGCAUUCUUUUGUACAUAAGGCACAAGUCCAGGCUCACCCGCGAGAUGUCUGUGUUCCUUGCCCGCAUUCCUCUGCAGGAAAGGACCUGCUGAGCCAUCGCAAGAAACCGCUGUCAUGAUGGUCAGUCUUUCUGCUUGACUGACAGGUCAACAGUGAUGUGUUCUUGGAGUCGUGGAAUUCAAUUAAAACUUAACUCCUUCGCUGGCUUAGCUUAGUGUAGCAAAAUUGCCACCAAAAGGGCUGUGCUUUGAUUUUGUUUCCAAAGAUGAGCUGUUGAAUUUUGUAGUUAACGUCAAAUUUUAGUUGGCCAUCUUAAUGAACUGAUAGUCAGUUGACCUAGGUCUGACAGCAAGAUGGCAUUUCCGGAGCCUGUACUAUCUCUGCCAUCCUGUUUUAGGAGACCACAGUGGGGAAUACUGCCUGUGGAAGAGAGGGGCUUAAGACUGACUGUGGGAGCAGGUUCUGGGUGGUUAACCCUAUCUUCCCAUGCUCUUGACUGUUCCCCAGGCUCAAUGCUUGUAAAGAGCCAUAAAUCUGGCACUGUCAAAGUAAAUUUAAUGAAAGGCCCUAUAGGGUUGUGUGCAUGCUCAGUCAUGUCUGACUCUUUGUGAUCUCCUGGACUGUAGCCCACCAGGCUCCCAUGGAAUUUUCCAGGCAAGAAUAUGGGACUGAGUUGCCAUUUCCUACUCCAGGGGAUCUUUCCCACCCAAGGAUCAGACCCAUGUCUCAUGCAUUGGCAGGCAGAUUCUUCACCACUGCACCAUCUGAGAAGCCUCUUAUAGGUUUGCCCAGAAAUAACUGAAUCUAUAUUUCUUAGCUACUUGUGAAAAUUGGGAGUGUUUCUUAAGCAUUGUGGGUCAUUAAUUAUCAGUAUUUUUCACUCAGCUUUAUAUUGGCAAAGACUGUGUUUAAAUUUUGCCAAGUUAUGAUGGGGACAUAUGAUGGCAUUUGUAAAGCAUUUAGGUCCCCCUCAGUUACAGUAGAUAUUCAGAUGCAGAUUGAACUUUAAAAAAAAAAUUAUUAUUAAGCUCAGAUUUAGAGACAGGUGGUAUAGUGUAAGAAAUAUAUAUUAUAUUUUUAUGUAAUAUGUAAUGUAUAUUAUAUGUGACCCAUAAUAAUAUGUACACACACUCUGUAUGUGUGAGUGUGUGUGUGUUAUAUAUAUAUGUAAGAAGUCCAAAUACAGGUUCUAGUUUACUGGCUUGGUGACCCUGGUCAAGCAAAUCAUACUCAGAGCUUCUGGUUUUUUUUUUUUUAAGCUUUCUCAUGGGGAAAGAAUUUACUUGUCAGAGCUCUAAGGAUUGAAUGAGGUGCUGCACAGAGCUAUAUUAUAAUCAUUUGGUUUUUUGAUUUUUAGUGUCAGGUUAUUCCGUAUAUCAAAUGAUAAUCACGAUUGGCCUUUCUCUGUUUGCAUUUUUGCAGCGUUCACCAUGUUCUCUCAUUCCUGUGAGCCCUGUGAGGUGCAGAGUCCUUUACCAGUGGUAGGGAGGACCAGGACUGUUGUGGCCUGCGGCUCGUGGGUGUAAGGUCCUGGAGGUCUACCUUGUUUGGUGGCUGUGGCCCAGCACCUCCCUGGGACUUCAGGGGACUCCACUGAAUGCCUUACAGAUGCUGAUUUGUUAUCUUGUGCUCUUUUGUUAAAUUUGAAGAGCAAAGGUAACAAAGUGAAGGGGAGUCCAUGUUUCUUUCUUCUGUGUUUCCUUCAGUACCUGGUCAUUGUAAAUGUAGCAGCUACAUAUGGUAGGAAAUGGCAAUAACUGCAAGGAGUACAGAAUGGUUUCAGUUGAAAAGUAGAGUUUUCCCUGAAUCCUCAUGCUCCUAAAUCUUACUCAGCAGACAUAACUCUUUUUAACUUUCCUUUUGAUUCUUCUGAUGGUUGCUACUAUGAUUCUAAAUAAUUUUAGAAUACUUUUGCUACCUUACUAAUUUAGGUACUGUUUGUUGAUUCUGCUGAAAAUGAAGAAGGCAGCAUGGCUUACGUGACAGUGCAUCUUCUGAUUUUCGUGUUUUCUCAAUCUCUAAAUACUAUCUUUUAUAUGUAAAUAGCAUUUAAACUUUAUAUAAUUCUGCUUUAAACUUUUUUCAGAUAUUUCCCCAUAUCUGUGAGUUACAGAGUGACCGUGAAGGUAUUGGUCAAACUGGGAUAUUUUUGAGAUGCCGAGAAGAUGGGUAUAAACCAGGAGUGUCCCUGCAACCAAGACAGAGGAUCAUCCUAGUUAAAGGAGACUUUAUAAUUCAUUUUUAUGCUUUCACUUUGAGUUCAUUUGAUCAGCAUAUAAAAUCAGCAGGACUUUUGUAUCUUAAGAAUUUUUGGUGAGUGAUAACGUAGGAGUUCACAGUAUGGAGAUUUUGUAAGCAGAAUUUCAGAAUGUUAAUUGUGUCUGUAUUUGAAUAUUAAUAGAAAGUAUCUUAGGAAUGUUAGUUUAAUUAAAAUCUAACAAGUUAAUAGAUCAGUACUUUAUUGGAUUAAAACAUAUGUUUUUCACAGUAAGGAGGUAUCUGCCAAUUCUGGUUUUAAUGGGUAUUUUCAUUAUGGAUUGAAUGAAGGACUUACAUUUUAAGGCCUUUUCAAUAACUGUGAGGUAAGCAUGACUUUUUUCCUUUAGUUAUUAGGACAUUAACCAAGGGAUAUCCUCAUACUGAACUGUCCUGGCAUCCCUUGAAUAACCCCCUGAGUUAUAAUGCAUGAAUUUUUAAAUGGGCUGUUGGAUACUGUUUUAAAUGACUUUAUUUCAAAUUCUUUUAUUUACAGUGUGUGUAUGUGUAUAGUCUUUUUCAGAUUGAAGUAGUGAUGUCACAGGGGCCUCAUAAAAAGAAUUUAGGAAACACAAGAAUAGAAGAGGCUUGUGAAAUGUAUACCAGAGCUGCGAACAUGUUCAAGAUGGCCAAGAACUGGAGUGCUGCAGGAAAUGCAUUCUGUCAGGCCGCCAAGCUCCACAUGCAGCUGCAGAGCAAACACGACUCAGCCACCAGCUUUGUGGAUGCCGGGAACGCCUACAAGAAGGCAGACCCUCAAGAGGCUAUCAACUGCUUAAAUGCAGCCAUCGACAUUUACACAGACAUGGGAAGGUUCACGAUUGCGGCCAAGCACCACAUCACCAUCGCAGAGAUCUACGAGACAGAGCUGGUGGACAUUGAGAAGGCUAUCGCCCAUUAUGAACAAUCAGCCGAUUAUUACAAAGGGGAGGAAUCCAACAGCUCGGCUAACAAGUGUUUGCUGAAAGUGGCUGCGUAUGCCGCCCAGCUGGAGCAGUACCAGAAGGCCAUCGAGAUCUUCGAGCAGAUUGGGGCCAACACCAUGGAUAACCCUCUGUUGAAGUACAGUGCAAAGGAUUACUUCUUUAAAGCCGCCCUCUGCCACUUCAUAGUGGAUGAGCUGAACGCCAAGCUUGCUCUUGAGAAAUACGAGGAAAUGUUUCCAGCAUUCACUGACUCUAGAGAAUGCAAAUUACUGAAAAAACUUCUAGAAGCUCAUGAAGAACAGAACAGUGAAGCUUACACAGAAGCAGUGAAGGAGUUUGACUCCAUCUCCCGCUUGGACCAGUGGCUCACCACCAUGCUGCUACGCAUCAAGAAAUCCAUCCAGGGGGAUGGGGAGGGGGACGGAGACCUCAAGUGAGGCGCAGUGUCCCUGCGGCAUGCCGCCGAGUCCUCGUUCAUUUCGUGUUAGGGCCAGUGAUCAUUGUGGGAUGCCCAUUCAACGGCUUCAUUUCGUUGCACAUGAGCCUGACAAUGUGUGUGUGUGUUUAAGCUGCCGUGUGUGUCAGCGUGCUGUGGGCGGGUGGGCCGCUCCUAUGCAUACUGUGAGUGUGUGACGGGCUGUCUCCCGCUUGUCAGAGUCCCCAGAGUUUUCCAAGAACUACUUCAGAAUCUUCCUCCUCGUUAUUUCAGUAUGUGCAGAGCUCGUGUUUCAUUUUGCCACAUGUUUUUAUGUCCCUUUUCUUGGACUUGCGUACCCAACCCAGUUGUUCUAAUAGAUGCUUUGCAUGUUCUCUGUGAACUUGCACCUUGGUAGAUUCUCUAAAUGUGUGUGUUUAGUGUAGGAUGGUUGUUCGGAAUGCAUUUAUGGCUUUCCUCAUUAGAAUUAUCCUUUUUGUUAUCUCGUGAUUCUUUUGAUGGUGCCAGUGACCCGUUUCCCUGCUCUUGUGUAUUGUUCUGUAGCUGACGUGCAUGUUGAGAAUUCAGGUCAGCCAGGCCUGCUGGCUGCUUGCGGUGGGGGUGAGGGAGCUUCCUGACAAUGGCCCGCUGAUGUGUGUGGCUGUGUGGAGGUGAACUUGAGCUCACAAGUGCACCGUGCGUGAGAUCUUGGAGAGACAGGCGUCUUCCUUUCCUGGAGGGAGUGUCCACUUCUAGUUGGGGCAGGACCCUUGCUUCACCUUCACAGAAGGGUGUUUGAACUGGCAUAUCCCUUUCCUUUCAUGUUCACACACCUUCCCACGUUGAGCAGGCACCCCGUGUGUUCCCUCGUGUACAUCCUCACCAGAGCCGGGAGGUUAUCUCAGUCGAAGCUUGUAUGUCAUUCAUUUUCAUUUUUAAUUGUCUGUCAUUCAUUUUAUCUGUUAAUGGACACGAUGGGCUUGGUGGGCUGAGGACAGUACAGUUUACUGCACCGUUGGGAAAGAGCCCCAGUGAACUUCUGAGGGGACCUGCCCUUAGCCAAUGGAUUGUUUUAUCUGGUGUAUUUGAAUUUUGUCCUAUUGUUUUGACUUAGCUAUUGACCUGUGACCUUAAUCUCUGCCCUUUAUGUUACGUGCUAAUAACCUUAUGCUUUAGAUGUGCUCUUGUUUCCUGAAUCUCUUCUAAGUGAUUUGUUCGAUGUGCAUUUAUUGCUAGGUAAUGGCAGCAUUGACAGAUAAAUGGGAUUUCCUAUGUCCUGUCAGAUGUUAACUGGUAUUUGAAAGGUGUUGCAUUUUUGGAUGGCUAGCAACUGGGAUUUGAAGGUGCCAUUGGGCAGAAACAGAGAGUGGGUCCAGGUUGAGGGCUGAGCUGGGAGGAAGGUUUGGGGAUAGGGAACAAGUCCUACUAGGAGGGAGGAGAAAGUGGCAGAAAGGAGGCUGAGAAGGAUCAGCGGAGGCCUGAUCGUGGAGCAGCCCUGUGGGCAGCCAUGAGGAUUCGGUGGCUGUAGUUGCGGGUUCAUCUGUGCGGCUUGGGCUGGUGGAGAGGUGGGGCAGUGGUGGCUCUGUCCCAGCCCACAGGGCAGUUGCAGUGGACCAGGAGACAUGGGGUACUCUGACCCUGGCCCCUGGCAUCCAGUGAGGAUUCCUUCUUUCCUUCAGAGGUUUGGGAUCCUUAAAAGAAAGCUGGCUGUUGGUUAUGGUCCAUUUUGGAACAGAGCUGCCCACUUGGUACUUCUUCACAUCCUAUCGGAACCUCUUAAGAAAAAAACUCUUGAGAAGUGGUGUUUUGUUGUUCUACCUGAUUCAGUGCCCAUCCUGUCAGAAGCACGUGGGUGAGAGGAGGGUGGGUCCUCCGGCUGCAGGGGGACAGUAACCCUUCCUGCCAGCCAUGCACUUUGUUGCUGGUCUGGAAAGUCUGCUCCCACUUGUUAAGGAAACUUGUGGUCUGACCAUGUAAAGGAAAAACUGAAUGUUUUGUUUAUUAGCUUUUUAUCCUGGUCCCCUGACAGACCCCUGUCUGAAGACCUGGGGUUUUGAGAAAUACUAUUGGCAGCAUUUUCAGUCCCUGGGAUGGGAAGAUCCCCUGGAGAAAGGAAUAGCUACCUACUCCAGUAUUCUGGCCUGGAUAAUUCUAUGGACUGUAUCGUCCAUGGGGUCGCAAAGAGUCAGACACGACUGAGCCAUUUUCACUUUCGUCACAUCAGAGUUGUGUUGAAAUGAACACUAGGACCAGUGACUGAGUUAAGAUGCUUUUGUUUUUAAUGUUUCACAUGAAAAAAUAAUUGUAAUGGCUAGAACAGACCACUAGAACAUGAAAAGAAAAAAGUCCCAGGAACAGCUCCAGGCUUCGUCCCUAGAAACGUUCCAUCAGAGUGGGUAGCCCUGUGAUUUCCAGCAUUUAUAAAUUGUUAUUUAUGAACAAAAUAUAAUGACUAUGUUACAGUCUUUGUAUUUUAGCGAGUCAUGUUUAGUUCAUUGUCAAAAGAGUUAAAAUUUCUUAUGGGAAAGCUUUGCUUUUUGUGGCAACAUUUUUAUAGCUUGUGUGAACUUUUUUAUUGAAUGAUUUGGAAGCAGUGUCCUUGCACAGUCGUGACCACGUGUGACAGUGCCCCCCUGUAACCACAGUGUGUGUGUUUAUUGUUUCCUCUGACACCAUGCAUUUCAGAUGCCCGGAGUCAACCCCCAUGGCUUCUGCGGGGGCCUGGGACUCUCUUCCCCAGGGCUGUUGGGGAGGGUGUAUUAUGAAAACUCACCCUGGAUGAUAAAUCCACCUUCGCAGAGUCAGUGUAUUUUGUGUGAACCUGUACAGUAAAUAAAGUCCCAGUUAUGAGCAG